AUGGCGCAUGAUGAGCACGAUCCGGCCUCUCAAGAUCCAAUUUCUCGUGAAGCCUUGGAAGACCAGGUAUUAGAAGAAAAGCCAUCUGCAGAACGGAGGACGGGAUCGCUGGACGAGUCGCGCAAUGGUCCUGACCAUAAUGCUCACCCUGUCGAUAUUCUUUCCAACGACCGCAAUAUCGAUGAUAGUAAAAAUGAUGACAACCAUUCCUUUGCACUUUCCUCAAGUGGGCUGCGGGUAUCAGAGAAUUUAAAUGUUGAAGAGGGUGAAAGUACCCGCCAAUUUGGAUUUAAACCACGGACUAUUCCGGCAUGGAUUCGAUCAGUUGAAUAUGAAGACGAUGAGACAGACGCCGGUGUCACGUCGCGACUCCUCCCUUCGCAGCCCGACGAUGCUAUUAUCGCUCAACAUAAUCACUCGCCGUAUACAGCGUCAAGACCGAAUUACAACUAUUCUGAACAAGCGGACAGCAUUUACGUUGAGAAAUCUACCACCCCGCGUCGGGAAUCGCGUUGGCAAACCUUUUCCAGAUCAAUAGCAUAUCCUCGUGAAGAAGGCGUUGAAGAAGAGCAUGUGACGGAAGAUUGGUUAAAUGAGAACCACGCCGACUAUUCUCAACCAUGGCGAGGAGAGCUUGAGGAAAGCGAAGAUCCAGAAGAUCCUUUGAAGAAGAAACGUCGCAGGGAAAUCUGGUUCAAGCGCUUCCAUAACACGCUCUUGCAGAGUCCAAUGGUACCUCUUAUCUUCCGGCUCACUGUUUGGUGUUUCUCUCUGAUAGCUCUCGCGCUUGGGGGAUCCAUCCAGCACAUGUCAAGCGAAUAUAUCCAUCCCCAGGGUCCAUCGGCUCUCAUGGCGAUUAUUGUCGAUGCAGUCGCUUUGGUGUACCUUGUGUACAUCACUUUUGACGAAUAUACCUCAAAGCCGCUGGGUUUGCGUUCUCCAUCGGCCAAGGCACGACUCAUCCUUCUGGAUAUUUUCUUCAUCGUUUUUGACUCAGCAAACCUCAGUUUGGCAUUCGAGUCUUUAUCGACAGUGAGGGGCUCCUGUACUUUUGCAGAAGUCAACCAGGAAAUUACUCCCAAGAACGAUGCGAUUUGCGACCGACAAAAGGCAUUAGCCUCUGUCUUGCUGAUAGCCCUAGUGGCAUGGCUAACUACGUUUGCAAUUAGCGUUCUCAGGCUUGUCAAGAGGGUUGCUCCAGCAUGA